CCCACCGCCGCUCAUCCACCCAGCAACGGCCUUCGCCUCCAGCUGAAUCUAAGGAUCAGUUCUCUUCUCUGCAGUUGGCAGUUGACUUCUACAACCAUGUUGGGCUCCAUUCUCUGCCUUUCUUUCGUCACAGUGGUGUCCGCCGCACCGAUGUCACCAUUCUUCAACUAUUUGCCACAUUAUGGAAAGCCAGCAGGCCCCUCCGCACAGCCUGCUUACAACGCACCCAUCAGUAUGGAGAUUGUGUUUCCUCCACAGUUCCCACACACCGCAGGGGGUGCUGGAGCUGGAGCAUCUUUCCCAUCCCAGGGCUAUAUCAAAUACUCUCUCCCCAAGGCUCCAGGUGCACAGAGCGUGGAAGUUUACUACCCCUAUGACUUCACACAACAGGGGAUGGGAAACAUUCCCGUGCUGCCUCCACUCCCCGGUCUCGUCACCUUCGACAACCCACAGCAGACUGGCCAGCAGCAGCCCCCUAGAGCUGCUCCACAGCCCAGUGAGGCCGAUGUUCUGAACGACCAGCCAGCUCAGACAGGCCAGACCCCCACCCACCCAUAAAGACUGAAGAAAUGUUCCUCUCUUCACCCUGAAGGUCCCAAAGUCCCUGAUGUCAAGUUCCUCUCACACAACCAGUACAUGGAGCUGUUUUCCUUAAUAACUAAUGACAGUUAGACUUAGUGAGCUGCCUUGAAUGAAGGAGGCUGUUCAAAUAAUAUUAGUUCUGUAGAGCAGCCUGUGUUUGUAAGGGCCUGAAUGGAACUCAAAUUGGCCACACUCUCAUAUUCUGCUCAAAGAGAGGCAUAUGUAAAGUGAAUUAAGCGUCCGUUAUUGUUGAAUAUGAAUACUGAAUAUGAAUGGCAUUGCUCGACAGAAGUUCU